UAACGACGAAAUGACGUCACAUAUUCGUUCUAAUGGCGGACAUUUUAAAAGAAAAUCGCGAAAUGCAAACAUUCAAGACUAAAUAUAUCUGCCAGAAUUCAAAACAGUGAGUGCGUGACGCAAAAGUUGUAUAGAGAGAGCUGUAUACAACCAGUUGGAAUCCUUUCUAGUGAAGCAAGGUCUGUUGUAUGAGUAUCAGAGUGGCUUCAGGGAAAAGAUCCUAGUACCAUUACAUUAGUCAAGUUUUAGGCAAAGAGCUCGAGUCCUGUAAUCAAUUUAGCAUAAUGACAUCAGUGGAAUUUUGACCUCAGAACAAGACAGGAGCAUAAAAAUGAGUAUGGAGACAAAAAUCAGUUUAGAUGAAGCAGCGGUGGAAAUGUAUUUGCUGGAAAAUGCGGACUUUCUGGAAAACUGGCUUAAAAAACAUGCCACAUCAGAAUUCUUGCAAAAGAUCAAAAGCAUGGAUGUUGCCAGAAAGAAGCCUAAAUUUAGCACUGCAGCUCGCAAUUCUAUCACCUCAAAUAUGUUCAAAAGCUAUGUGUACGGGAUGGUAACAAAGCAAAAGCGAUCAUUGGUGGAAAGAGAAAAAUUGCUGGCAAUGAGUGAAUCAGAAAUGUUCAUGGAACUUAUUAGAGACAUUGCCAGUGAGCUGGAUGUUAGUGUUUUGUGUCACAAAAUUUUGAGGAAUGUAAGUAUUUUGACUGGCAGUGAUCGUGGGAGCUUGUUCCUUGUUCGUGGAUCUAGUGACAAAAGAUACCUUGUGUCCAAACUUUUUGACGUCACAGAGAAUUCAACUCUUGAGGACUCACUGCACACUGAAGAGACCGAAAUAAAAGUGCCAUUUGGACGUGGAAUAGCUGGACACGUGGCAUUGACAAAGGAAACCAUCAACAUUACUGAUGCAUAUCAGGAUCCGCGAUUCAACAAGGACAUUGACAAGCAGACUGGGUAUCGCACCCACAGCAUCCUGUGUAUGCCCAUACUCAGCCACGAGAACGAUGUGAUAGGCGUGGCACAGAUCAUCAACAAGAUCACUGGAAACCACAUUUUUGAAGACCAGGAUGUACAGGUGUUUCGCAAGUACUUGAUGUUCUGUGGCAUUGGCAUUACCAACGCUCAGCUGUUCGAGAUGUCAGUUCAAGAGUACAAACGAAACAAGUUGCUGCUUAGCUUGGCCCGAGGUGUGUUCAAAGAACAACAGAACUUGGAAAAACUCAUUCAGAAGAUCAUGCUUGAUGCCCAGGACCUUCUGCAAUGUGAACGCUGUAGUGUCUACCUUAUCGAUGAGACAAUGGAGUCGAAAGAUCAGAUGUAUGAAGAUAAAACCGCUGUUUCCACAAAGGGACAAACAAAAACAAUUCAGGAUGUCCAGUUUGCCAAGGCUUUUGACCUGUAUGCCAAAGAUGGCGGCAACAUCAGAAUUCAAAGCGCCAAUUAUUUGUCUGCUUCAAAGAAUGCAGAGAUUGCUCGCUUUGCCGCCUUCAAUGAGACCACUGUAUGUAUAGCGGACUUGGAGCAAGAUGGCCGCUUUGGACAGGGACCAUUCACUGAUGGGGAGGGCUUCAAGACCCGGAGCAUCCUGUGUAUGCCUGUGUACAACAGUGAGCGCAGGAUAACUGCUGUCACCCAGCUGAUCAACAAACUCAAUGGAGCCCCCUUUAAUGAGAGUGAUGCAAAUAUUAUUGAGGCAUUUUCCAUCUUCACUGGGCUGGGCAUUCACAACUGUCAGAUGUAUGAGAACGCGUGUCGCCUGAUGGCCAAGCAAACUGUGGCCCUUGAGGUGCUCUCCUUCCAUGCAACAGCAGGACGGGAGGAAACCGAAAGGCUUGCGAAAAGUGCGUUGCCGCCGGGCAAGGAAAUGAACUUGUAUUCAUACGACUUCAAUGAUCUUGUGAUCACGGAUGAUGAUACGCUCAAGAGUGUCAUCAUCAUGUUUAAAGAAGCGGGCUUGCUCACGAAAUUCAAAAUACCGCUUGAUGUUAUGUGUCGCUGGACCUGUAGCGUGAAAAAGAACUAUCGCCCUGUGACUUACCACAACUGGCGGCAUGCAUUCAAUGUCACACAGACCAUGUUCACCAUGCUUUAUACUGGUAACCUGGUGCCUACGUUCAGUGACCUGGAGGUAUUUGGCAUGUUGGUAGCCUGUCUGUGCCAUGACUUGGACCAUCGCGGCACCAACAAUGCAUUUCAAGUCAAGGUGGUUUCGCCCCUGGCAAUGCUCUACAGCACCUCAGUCAUGGAGCAUCAUCACUUUGACCACUGCAUCAUGAUUCUCAACAGUGAGGGCAACAACAUAUUCCAAUCCUUAAGUCCAGAAGAAUACAGAAAAGUCAUCAAGAUGUUGGAGUUCUGUAUACUGUCCACAGAUCUAGCCUUGUACUUUAGAAAACGUAGUGAAUUCAAGAAACUCAUAGAAAGUGGAAGGACAGAUUUCAAGUCCACAGAGGAUAGAAAUCUGCUCAAAGCCAUGAUGAUGACAGCCUGUGAUGUGGCGGCCAUUACCAAACCCUGGGAGAUACAGAGGGAGGUGGCACAGCUGGUGGCCAACGAAUUCUUUGAACAGGGCGAUGUGGAGAAAACGCAGCUCGGGGAAACUCCCAUUGCAAUGAUGGACAGAGACAAGAAGGAUGAGCUUCCUAAGAUGCAGGUCGGCUUCAUAGAUGCAAUCUGCACCCCAGUGUACGAGAUGCUUGCCUCAGUACAACCAGGCUUAAAGCCGCUACACUCUGGUGUACUCAACAACCGAACCCAUUGGAUUGAACUGGACCAAAUGUACAAAGCAGGUAAAACAGAAGAGUUGAGGAAAAUACUGAAAUUUUCAGAAACAGCAACACCUUCCACUGAGAAAAACAACAAUGAUAAAAAUGGAAAACAUUCUAAAGAUCAGAAGGAUUCAACUAACGCAAACAAGAAGAAAACAGGGGCUACAAAGGGAAAAUUAUCAAAGACAUGUGUUCUGUUGUAAAACCACUGACCACAAGCUAUUUGAUUCUGUGAUAAUAAUUUUUAUUAUCCCCGCCAAAAAUUUAUUUGGAGGGGAUAUAGUAAUUGGUCCUGUCCGUCUGUCCAUCCGGCUAAAACUUUGUCCGGAGCAUAACUCCAAAUCUAUUCAAUGGAUUUACUUUAAACUUAGAAUAUAAAGAGAUGGCAACUAGGAGAAGUGCAGUGACCAAGAACCACAACUCAUCUACCUUAGUUUUUGAAUUAUCUCCCCUUUUAUAUAAUUUUAAAGUAAAUUUUUGUCCGGAGCAUAACUCUUAAUCUACUAAAGGGAUUUACUUGAAACUUAAACAGAUGGCAAGUAGGAGAAGUGCAGUGACUAAGAACCAUAAUUCUAUCUACCUUAGUGUUUGAAUUAUAUCCCUUUAUUUAAUUUCAAAGUAAAUUUUUGUCCGGAGCAUAAUGAAUCAUCUCCCUUAUUUUGUUUUUACAAAUAUUAUUCUACUCUCUAAAACAAAUGUUGUCAUACAAGCAAACACAUUUCGGCGGGGAUUUGGCACUACUGUGACAAGCUCUUGUUUUAUUUAUAAUUGCUCGGUUUUGUCAAAUAUGUGCAUGUAUACCGACAUUAACCUAUGUAUGAAACCAUUUCAGGAACUGCUUUAUGCUUUUUGUAAUGAUGUCCUGCUUAAUUGUACGUCAGUUAAACAUUUUAUUAGAAAGAUUAUGUUCAAGUUUGUAAUUAUAUCUUUUGAAUUGCAGUAUGAAUUGUUAGUGUAUACAUGUGAACUAUGGGUAUGGGUAAAGGAAUGUGGAACAUGGUAAAAGUGUCACAAGGUAAAUGUGAUAGUCACUGGAGAUUGUCAUUGCGUAGAAAUAUGUAAUAUAUAAAUAGCCUCGCAGAAGUGAUGUACAUGUUGAGACUACAGCUUGUUCUGCACCAGACGUGCAAACGCUAACGUCACAAUGCAAUACUAUUAUAUCAUGGUCUAUCUUAUGGCAAUUUUUGAAUUAGUAAAUUAACAAAUAUGUAUUGCCAAAAUAAUUACAUGUUUAAUUUGUUGUCUUCAUUUUAGAAUUAAGAACACUUGUGAAUUUCUCUUUGACUGGCAUAUCUGUAAUAUAUACUAGUACAUGAAGUUAUAUUCUUGAUCAUUUUUAACAGUUGAUGUUUUUUCAAAUCCAGGGACCAUUGAUUUGAGAUUAGUGAUUCUAGAUAUUAUUUUAUAUUUGUAUAACUCAUUUUGUUUUUGUUGUCAAUUUAGACAAUUUAAAUGUGAUCUCUUUUUCGUUAAAUAUGAAAUGGAAUAUAGAUACAUCAUGGUUUGAUGUGUUAAUAAGUCAGUGAUUCUAAACUUCUUUUUUUUUCAAAAUAUUUAUCAACUUAAGUCUUAAAAAAUGGUUGCAAAUUUCAGUGCUCAAAGUUUAACCUUUUUUGAUUCUCGCUAUCUUGCAUGUGACAUAAUUAAAGCAGCAAAAAAAAUUCAACUUCAAAAGGGAGAUAACUAUUUUUGCUGUGGAAAGACAGUGUACUGUGUUUAUUGCCAAAUAGCAAUUUGCCAUACGAAUUUGGAAGUAAGCAAAAACGUAUACCGGUAAGCACACAAUUUUACUCUGUUUGGUAUGUGUUUCAUAAAGAUGCUUGUUGUUAUAGUUAUUUUAUUUCUACCCUCACUUUUUUCAACCAACUGAAAAUGUGUUACCUACCUUCAAAACCUUUUUACAUCCAAUUUGUGGGUCUAUGUGAGCUAUGGUUGUCAGUAGUUAAUUUAAUACUCCGGUAUGGAGAUAAACAAAAUUCAAGGUACGGAGACGUAAAUAAAGUCUCUGAUUUUAAGGACGAUUUCAGAUCUAAUUUUAUGUUUAUUCUGUUGCACAUGGUAUGUGAUUAUUACACAGACUUUGAAGAACUUUUAAAAUUAUCAAAGGUUUUAAUAUUUAUUAAAGUACAGUAUUUAAUGUAGUUUGUGAUUGCAAUUGCUGUUGGAUGACACCUGUAGGAGAAAGUUUGAAUAUAAUAGAAUAGAAAUGAAUAGAGCGAGCAAAGAAAUUUGGUCUAUUUACUGAUGUGAAACGUUUUGACGAUAUAUUAAAUUUUAGUUUGUGAUGAAAUCUACAUUUAUAUUUAUAGCAGUUUUAUUGAUUUUGUCAUAUUAUUCUUACAACCACAAAAUGUGCUCGCAAUAAUUCAUAAUUUAAAACUGCACGUUCUGACUGUGUUUUACUUUAUAUGUGUAUUUUUAUUAUACAGUGUUAUUGUUAGAACAGAUAACAUGUAUAUGCAUUUUCUCCCUCAAUAAAUGCGAGCAGUUGUUUGCAUAGUGAUAUUACAGGAUAAAUAUAUAUCAUAGUCUACAAUUUUCUUUUUACAUAAAUGUUGUGUUUAAUUUUAAUAUUAUUAAUGUAAACGUUAUAAGUAUUGAUUUGUUUAACUCCCAUUACGAAGUAAAGUGUGGUGUACUGGAAUCAAAAUGGACAUUUGUCUUUCCAUCCGUCUAUCUGUUUGUUACAAAAACAUGUCAGCAGGUGACCUAGCUUACUUGUCAAUGUAUAAUAUUUUAACUUACCGGUGUUGAAACUCAGUAUAUGAAGUUGCACGUUUUUUGUCAGCAUUCUUAAAAGAUACAAAUGUUAAUAAAGUGCCAAUUCGUCGACUUAGACAUUCUUUACACAAUUUACACAUGCAAAUUACUUUUUUGAAGCCAUGUGGUCCACAUGUGUUGCCUCCACCCUAAAUCCUUACCUCAAAGGAAUUAUCGUGUACCUUGGUCCGUCUGCUCAUCAGUCCGCAGGUCUGUUCGUAUACAAGAUCUUUUCCGCAGGCCUUCUCAUGAACUUUUCAAUUUAAAACAUUCAAUUUGUAGAAUUUGUUCCUUACGCUUGGAAGUUGUUCUUAUGAGGUUUUAAUCAUCCUCAUUUAAAAAUUACAGAAGAUAUGCUAUUUUUAGUGUUUUUUUCUCUUCUUUAAUAUACUGCAUUUACAUAGUUUUUAUGCUCCCCCAAAAAUUUUGGGGGGAGCAUAUUAUAGUCACCGCUUUGUCUGUCGGUGCGUCCGUCCGUGCACAAUUUUUGUCCGGGCUAUUUCUCAGCUAUUAAUGACCGGAAUUCCAUGAAACUUUAUGGGAAGCUUCACUAACAAGAGGAGAUGUGCAUAUUAUCAGCCGGUUCUCGUCGGAUGAUUUUUCACAGAGUUAUGGCCCUUUGAAAUUUUCCAUUGUACAUGUAGUGCAAUUCUUGUCCGAGGUAUUUCUCAGCAACUUAUUACGGGAUUUCAAUGAAACUUUAUGGGAAGCUUCACUACCAACAGGAGAUGUGCAUAUUAUGAGCCGGUUAUGGUCGGAUGAUUUUUCACAGAGUUAUGGCCCUUUGAAAUUUUUAAGUUGUUAAACCAUCCAUUGUAUUAUUUUGUCCAAAGUUAUGCCCCUCAAGACGUUUCCUUUUAUCUGAAUAUAUAGUGCAAUAUUGUGACAAAAUAAACCUUUGCGGAGCAUCACCCGUCUCCGACAGUUUCUUGUUUUAAUUUGCUUAUUUAAAUAAAUCUCGAACACACUUUUUGCUCCCAGCAGCGUUUCCACACCUAAUAUCAUCAACCCUGGCAUUCAUCGCUAGAAAGUUUUGCCAACCAAUUGGAUGCUGGUUGACGCAUUCUCAGAAUUAAUUUGUAAAUCAUAUUUCAUGGUUGUUCCUUUUUUAUUUGUGUUCUAUUUACAUGCGGCAUAUAUAAUAACUGCAGUUAAUUGGGUUUUUGUUAAAAAAAAAAUGCUACAUUUGCACGGCAGGUGGAUAUUUUUCAAUACUGUUUACUGUUCAUGCAGUUUAUAGUGAACGUCAAUAUUAUCAUUAUUGGUUUAAAUACAUGUAGUAUCAAAUGUUUUAUUGAGACCUGUUCAAGUCAGUGUUUGUAUAUGUACAUACAAAAUGUAUUUAUUUAUUUCCAUGUUUUAUUUUAUUAUAUCUUUAAGAAUUCAAGUGCGAUGAAUCUCAAUUUAAUUCAUGUCGUACACGUUUAUGUCGUUAACAAUAGAAUGUGCAUGAAUGAAUUUUGUUAUAGUUGCAUAUUAAACUUUAUACACAUUU